AUGGUUCGUCACAAGAAGGAUUUUGCUGCCAGAGGCAAAAAGAGCGGCCGUGGUGGUGGCCAUGGAGGUGGCGGCUCGAGACAGCCCCGCCAUCAAGAUUGCAACCAAGGCCAGCAGCCAGCACGCCCAGCUUUCAAGGCAGCGUGCUGGGAUCUGGGCCAUUGUGACCCCAAACGAUGCUCAGGGAAGAAACUCAUGAAGUUGGGAAUGAUGCGCGAUCUUCACAUGGGCCAGAGACACAAUGGGGUCAUCAUCACCCCCAACGGCCGACAAGUCGUCUCCCCCGCUGAUCGAGAGCUCAUGGACCAGUACGGCGCCGCUGUUGUCGAGUGCUCCUGGGCCCGUACGCAAGAGGUUCAGUGGAGCAAGGUUGGCGGAAAAUGCGAAAGGUUGCUGCCUUACCUCGUCGCUGCGAAUACUGUCAAUUACGGAAAGCCGUGGAGACUGAAUUGCGUCGAGGCCCUCGCCGCCGCCUUUUACAUCUGCGGACAUGCCGACUGGGCGGAGCAGAUUCUGGCUCCAUUUUCGUACGGAGAGUCUUUCUUGCAUAUCAACGCGAGCAUUCUCAAACGAUAUGCAGCUUGCCAGGAUGCUGCCGAAGUGAAAAAGACAGAGGCGGAAUGGAUGGAGAGGUUAGAGCGGGAAUACGCAGAGAGCAGAGAACAAGGCCAUGACGACAUGUGGACGACCGGCAAUACUAACCGCCUGGCAAUGCCUCCCUCUGACGAUGACGAUGAUGAUGACGACGACGACGAAGAGGGCGACAGUGACGCAAGGUCAGAUGGCCACGGUAGUGUGGAUGGCAUAUAUCUGGGCAAGAAGCCGUUAGAUCCCAAACCUGGCGAGAUUCCUGCAAAUAUACCAGAUGAGCACGCCAGAAGAGACAAAGACCCAUUUGACAUUACAGACGACAGCGAAGAUGGCGAUGCCGCCAUGGAAGAAAUCCGGCGAAAGGUCCUGGCCUCCAAAACCUUUAGCAAUCCAAAUCCCGAAUUGGAACAAGAGAAGAAGAAGCCUGCGUCAAUACCGCGACCUCAGCAACGGCAUCGGUACCAAGUCGACCUUGAUAUGCAGCCCGACUCGGAUAACGAGAGGAGCGGCGACAACCAAGAUGACAGUGAUGCUGCCGAGGAUGACGACGAGUUUGAUAAUAUUAUUGAAGCUACGCCCGUCACUGACAGGAUUGGUCUGGCGAAGCUCGAGAAGGAGCGUAGACAGGCAACGACAACUACCAAGACAUUUUCGUCGACUUCUGUCUCUGCGCCGAGCAGGUGGUAG